AUAAUAAAGAAAAAACCCAAAAAAAAAAAAGAAGAAAAAAGGGAAAAAAACAACUCCUCCUCCACCCCGCCCACCCUCCUCUGCUUUCCUCAUUCUAAAACAAUUGUUCUUCUCUCUCAGUAGAACCGAUCGUGCAAAUUCCGACGAUAAAAAUGGGAUCUUGCAGUCGCCACCGGAGUUGAGGAGCGGGGAUUCAAGGCAUUGAUUUUGAUCCCUCGUUUGAUUGUUUGCAUAUGGAUUAAUGGUGUUUACCUCGAUUGAUAUAUGCGCAAAGACUGAAACUUUUUUUUGUGGGGUUGGAGAUUAAGGGCGGGAUAGGUGUUUGAUAUAAGGGGUAAGAGAGAUUUGAUGAGUGUUGCGAUUGCUGGGUUAUUUCGGUGAGACUUGAGGGUUAUUGCAAGCAUAAUAUGUAAGGAAUGGUGACUACUACAUGGAGAAGGAUUGUAUACCCUUGUUGGAGGCCUACCAUUGAUGAUGAGGGCCAAGAUUGGAGCAGUAGAGGGGGAGACCCGAAUGGCCGGGUGGAUGGGUUGUUGUGGUAUAAAGAUUUAGGGCAUCAUGUCAAUGGGGAAUUCUCAAUGGCUGUAAUUCAAGCAAAUAAUGUACUGGAGGAUCAGUGCCAGCUCGAAUCAGGGUCAUUGAGCUCGGUUGAGACGGGUCCUCAAGGGACGUUUGUUGGAGUUUAUGAUGGCCAUGCAGGUCCAGAAGCUGCCCAUUUCAUAUGUGAUCACCUUUUCAACAAUGUCAAGAAAUUUACAUUGGAAAAUCAAGAAAUGUCAGCUGAUGUUAUAACCAAAGCAUAUUUGGAAACUGAAGAGGAGUUUCUUUCCUUAGUGAAAAAGCAGUGGUUAAUGAAACCUCAAAUUGCUUCUGUGGGAUCAUGUUGUUUGGUUGGCAUUGUAUGCAAUGGUAUGCUGUAUAUUGCGAAUGCUGGAGAUUCACGUGCGGUUUUAGGAAGAGUUGAGAGGCAUAAAGAUGUUAAAGCCAUACAGUUGUCAUCUGAACACAAUGCAAAUUUGGAAUCUGUUAGGGAGGAACUUAAGUUGUUGCAUCCCGAUGAUCCACAGAUUGUAGCUCUAAAGCACAAGGUUUGGCGUGUCAAGGGACUUAUACAGAUUUCAAGAUCCAUUGGCGAUGCAUAUUUCAAGAGACCGGAGUUUAAUAGGGAGCCUUUGUUGCCUAAGUUUAGACUAGACGAGCCCUUUGUGACACCAAUCCUUAAAGCUGAGCCAUCGAUACAUGUUCAAAAACUCCUCCCUGAAGAUCACUUUCUCAUCUUUGCAUCGGAUGGCUUAUGGGAGCAACUUAGCAACCAAGAGGCUGUUGAAAUUGUCAACACCUGCCCACGCAAUGGUGUUGCCAGGAAACUUAUAAAAGCUGCACUUCAUGAAGCUGCCAAAAAAAGAGAAAUGAGGUACGCGGACUUGAAAAAGAUAGACCGGGGCGUGAGAAGACACUUCCACGAUGACAUCACUGUCAUCGUUUUGUUCCUAGACUCCAAUUUAACUAGUCGUGGUUCCUCGAGUGGGCAAGUGCUUUCCAUAAAAGGAGGUGGAGGUACUUCUUGAUAGAAUAAAAAUCUCAUCAUGCAUACUUAUCCCUUGAUCGAAAAUUUGUCUUGAGAAAUUUCUUUUAAAGAGAGAAUAUUGAAUUUAAAAAAAAAAAUCUGUAUAUGUAUAGGCUUGCUUCUUGGAUCUCACUAUAGAUGGCUAGUUUAUUACUACUACUACUACUAUUGUGCGGGGAAGAUGCCUGUCAUAAUUUGUUCAAAGUUUGCUCUGAUGGGCACAUGAAACUAUGCAGAGUUUUCUUAUAUUGUGAGGCAUGGAAUUAAUGAAUGGGGUGGUGGUUCAGUUUUGAUGAGA